UCCUUCCCCGCCGUUAUUUUUAAUCACCGAAGAGCAAACCCUUUUUCCCUAUAAAAAUCCACCCCUGAUUUCUUCACCAACUCAUCUUCAUUCUCUCUCUCUCUCUCUCUCUCGAUCCUUCAAAAAAAAUGGAAUCUUUUGUUCUUCCGGGGAACAGUCGUUCGGUUGAACGUGACACUGGAGUGGAUUCACUUGCAGACAUCGAAGCCGGCCAUAGCCGAAACCAUAAACAGCAAACCGGGUUUUUCUCUAGAUUUCUUUGUUACUCGAGGAACAGCGGCGACAACAAUGGCGGUUCCAUGAAUCCAUCUCCUUCGAGGCCCUGCAUUAGAUUCUACGAGAACAGAUUCGAAGAACGCCAACCCCAUUUCUUGGAUGCUUGUUUCCUUUGCCGGAAGCCUCUCGGGAACAAUCAAGACAUCUUCAUGUACAGAGGGGACACACCGUUCUGCAGCGAAGAAUGCAGGUACAAUCAGAUAGUGAAGGAUGAAGUUAAUGCAAAGAGAUUCCAGCUUUCUGCAACGCUGAAAGCUUUGAGAAACAAGGAACAAACCAAAACAGCAUCUGCAGCUACUACCGAUGGGUACCAUCUGCACACAGGCACAGUUGCAGCUGCCUGAAACUAAUCAGCUUAUAAUCAAUUUUGAUUAAGU